GCAUAAGGGUUCACGACUUGGGCGCCGCUUCGAGGAAUCGGAAAUUGCGAGCAGGGAGAAAGCGCGAAACCUGGGAAUGAAGUGCGAUUCGAGGUCGAACGCAUUGUCCGCACGGGAGCAGCGAAUACUCGAGCAUGCAACACCGGCAAUGGCCGGAAUCGGCCAGCCAGACUGGUCCGCAGCGAGCCAGGGGCGCGCCAAACAAAUCCAUCACACACCAUCGGAGACAGAGACGACGUCGCGAGUUUUGGCCAUCGCCAUGUUGCCCUUGGAGGAGGGCCCCUCCGCCUGCAGAAGCAACAUGUAGCACGAUGGUCGAUCAGACCGUUGGGGAGAGGGAUAUGAUCACCCCGUCCCUCGAGGGUCAUGUGAAGCAGAAGACAAGAGCCAACUAUCGAAGAUAUGAAGGGAAGCGAAGACAAGGCGUGAUAUGGCGGAUUGGGGCGAAGACGCCUUGUGUGAACUGGGUUUCGUUCGGAGCCCGUACGAGUCAUUGGUUCCGGUGCCUCUGGCAACUGUCCAAAGAGCAAGUCAGCGGGACAGAAACGGAAAAUGAGAGGAGGGAGAUGGCAUGCGUCAUUUGUAGGCUCUGGGAAGGAUAUGAUCUCUCUCGUAUCCUUUUCGAUGUUCGGAGAGCCCUUCGGGAAGGCUGGUAAAGAAAACAUCAUCAGCAUCUGUUGUUCCAGUACUUAGUGGUAAAAUCGUCUCACCCGUCUCUUUCUUUG